AUGAGUCCGAUGACAUCUCCAUCUAUGCCUUCAACUCCAAUUAAUCCUCAAGUCCAACAUUAUAUGCUACCACAAUAUCCCCAUCAAGAACCUCCUUAUUCUCCACAUAUUGUUCCACCAAUGCCAAUCUAUUCUGAAGUCCACCAUCAUAUAUUACCACAAUAUACUCAUCCUUCUUAUCCUCACCAACAACAUCCUCAUCAACAACACCCUCCUCAUCAAGUAACAGUUAUCAAUCACCAUUACCAUAUUCACCCAGAACCGUUAAUUCAAGUUCCAGGACAAAUGCCUAAUAUGCCUGUCCAACAACCUUCAUUUUACUACCCUUUACAUGGUCAUAAUCAGAUAAUGCCAACACCUUUAUUAUAUCCAGCAUCUGAUCCUAAUGUAGAUUUAAGUCUGACAAUACCAAAAGAACGAUUAAUUCUUACUCAAGAUGAAACAUCUCAACCUCCUAAUCUGUCACGCCACCCUGGUAAAUUUCAAUUAAAUGAUAUAAGGUAUUUGGGGGGGGGGGGGAGGGACUCUUACUGGUACUGGAAGAACUCUCGAUGA